AUGGGAGAAAGUGAAACAACAAUGAAAACAAUUGAGAAAGAAAACUUUGACAUCAGUAGAAAAGAUGAAGUUGAUGAUGAUCCUAAGAUCAACUACAGAGGCUGGAAGGUCAUGCCUUACAUCAUAGGAAAUGAAAUAUUUGAGAAAUUGGGAGCCAUUGGAACAUUGGCAAACCUGUUGGUUUAUCUUACAACUGUAUUCAACCUGGAUAACGUCACAGCUGCAAACAUCAUCAACAUCUUCCAUGGCAGUACCAACUUUUCCACCUUACUCGGUGCUUUCUUCUCCGACACAUUUUUCGGCCGCUACAACACAUUAGCCGUCUGCUCAGUCUUUUGCUUUUUGGGAUUAUUUGGAAUAGAACUUACAGCACUAAUCAAGAAUCUUCAUCCACCACAAUGCGAAAAGGAAAGCGCCACAUGCAAAGGACCAACAACAGGACAAAUGUUUUUUCUAACGUCUUCAUUUGUUAUAAUGAUAAUAGGUUCAGCAGGUGUUAGACCAUGUAGUUUAGCAUUCGGUGUUGACCAAUUCAAUCCCAAAACAGAAUCGCGAAAGAAGGGUAUCAACAGUUUCUUCAAUUGGUACUUUUUUACCCUCACUUUUGCACAGAUGGUGUCUUUGACAGGAAUUGUCUAUAUACAAUCAAAUGUGAGUUGGGUAAUUGGGCUUGGAAUUCCUACUUCUUUGAUGUUCAUAGCUUGUGUUGUGUUUUUUGUCGGAACCAAAUUGUAUGUUCGACUUAAACCAAAUGGUAGUCCCAUCAAAAGUAUUAUUCAAGUUUUAGUGGUUGCAGUUAAGAAAAGAAGACUUAAAGUACCUUCUCAGCAUCCAUUGAUUUCACUCUUUGAUUAUGUGCCACCCAAUUCUCUUAAUUUAAAGAUUUCUUCCACAAAUCAAUUCAGGGUGUUGGACAAAGCUGCAAUAAUCACUCCACGUGACAAAAUAAAUCCAGAUGGUUCACCAGCUGAUCCAUGGAGUCUUUGCAGUAUACAACAAGUUGAAGAGUUAAAGUGUUUGGUCAGAGUAUUACCUAUACUCUUUUCUGGCAUUUUGUUCUUUCUAUCUAUCACUCAACAACAGACAUUCCUUGUUUUUCAAGCACUUCAAUCGGAUAGACGAGUCGGAAGCAAUUUCAACAUACCUGGUGCAUCAUACAUAGUGAUCUUAAUGUUGAGCAUGACAAUAUGGUUAGCAAUUUAUGAUAGAAUACUUGUUCCGUUCUUCCGCCGAUUCACUGGAAAAGAAGCCGGAAUCACACUCCUUCAAAGAGUUGGUGUUGGAAUAUUUCUAUCUAUAAUAAGUAUGCUUGUAUCUGCUGUAGUUGAGAUACAAAGAAGACGCUUAGCUUUGUCUAAUCCCAUUGGGAUUCUACCGAGAAAAGGCGCGAUUUCUUCGAUGUUAGGGUAUUGGUUGGUUCCGCAGUUAAUAUUAGCUGGAGUAUCUGAAGCUUUUACUGCUGUUGGGCUAACUGAGUUUUACUAUGAACAGUUUCCUGAGAAUAUGAAAACUAUUGCAGGAUCACUUUUCUUUUGUGGCAUGGCAGGAUCAAGUUAUUUGAGUGCUUUUCUGGUUUCUGUUGUUCAUAAAACAACCUCUGAAUCUGCAACAGGAAAUUGGUUGUCAGAAGAUCUUAAUAAGGGGAGAUUGGAAUAUUUUUAUUUCUUGAUUGCUGCAAUAGAAGUCUUCAAUUUUGGGUACUUUUUGAUAUGUUCUAAAUGGUUCAAGUAUAGAGAAACUAGUACUAGUAGCAUUGGUAAUGCAUGA